AUGAGGUCUGCAAGUGAGGAACUCUGCCCUCUGUCGCCUUUCUCCCGACCGACCAUCGACCAUCGGGGAACCCACCUCGGGGCGUCCCUGGAAAGGGAUGCGGGCAGAGAGCUCGUCCACUCUCCGCGGGCCGAGGCCAGCUCCGCGCAGCCCUUCGCCCCCCGCCCCGAGGGCUCGGAGCUCCCUGCCAAUCCUUUAUCUGGCGGGUGCACCUGCUUCGCCCAGGAGACCACGGAAGGGCGGGGUCCGGACGCUGCAGUACUCUUUCCCCGGAACAGCCUAGAGAACAGGAACACGGACUCGGCAGAAAACUGGAAAGUACGGUAG